AUGGCAAAAAAGCAUUCGGGCUUGUCUGCCCCCCCCAAAGCGGUCGAUCCCGCCUUGGACGCACUUUUCGCUGGAAGUGCUGGACCAGUUACGGCCGCCCCCAAGUCUCGGUAUGAAGAUUUACCACCUGCAAGGUCAGGGCAGGCGGAGAACUCAUCAGACGAGGAAGACGCCGAGGACGAUGCCAGCAUCUCUGAGGGAGAGUCGUCGGGAGGUAGUGGAGAUGAAGCUAGCCCCUCCGAUGAUGAUGAAUCUUCCAAUGAGGGCUCCGACAAGGAGGAUUUGAGCGGGGACGACGAGGUCGCAGCCGCAAAGUUCUUGGAAGCCGUUCUCACCAGCGGCGCGGCGAGCCACAAGAAGGACAAGAAGAGGAAGAGAAAACAACGGGAUGACGAUGAUGGUCUCGAGUCCAGACACCUACAAAAGCUGGCCAAGGAUGAUGACGAACCCGUCGAGAAGCGACAGAAAGGCGAAGAUGAGCCCGAAGAUCAACCGGGGGAGGAAGACGACGCAGCCUCGGACGACGGCGUCAUCAUGCACGAGUCCUUAGCCGCCGACCCGGCCGCGUCAGAGCUGGAGCAGGCAUCCCGUACCAUAUUCUUGAGCAAUGUCUCCAUCGAAGCCAUCACCUCGCGCACGGCCAAGAAGACGCUCCUCGCGCACCUCUCGUCGGUGCUGGACAAGACGGCCUCGCCGCCCCAAACCAUCGAGUCCAUCCGGUUCCGCUCCACCGCCUUCUCGACGGCCGCCGUCCCCAAACGUGCCGCCUUCAUCAAAAAGUCUCUCAUGGAUGCCACCACCAAGUCCACCAAUGCGUACGUCGUGUACAGCGCCAUCCCGGCCGUUCGCGCCGCCGUGACGAAACUCAAUGGCACUGUGAUCCUCGACCGCCAUCUGCGAGUCGACAGCGUGGCCCAUCCCGCCACCGUGGACCAGCGUCGCUGCGUCUUCGUCGGCAACCUGGGGUUCGUGGACGACGAGUCGGUGCUCAACGUCAAGACUGACGAGGAGGGCAAGGAGGUCUCCGAGAAGAAGAAGCGUACCAAGGCUCCCAUGGACGUGGAGGAAGGCCUGUGGCGGGUCUUCGGAAAGGAGGCCGGCAAGGUCGAGAGCGUGCGUGUCGUGAGGGAUCCCAUAACGAGGGUGGGCAAGGGUAUCGCCUAUGUGCAGUUCUACGACGCCAACGGCGUAGAAGCAGCCCUCACCCUCGCGGGUAAGAAAUUCCCGCCCAUGCUCCCCCGCACUCUCCGCGUCAGCCGGUGCAAGGCCCUACACAAGACCGCGCGCGCCGCCGAGGCGAAGGCCAAGAAGGCCUCCACCCCGGGCACCGGCGCCAACGCCAGCGCCGACGACGACGGCAAGCCGGACCGCAAGCGGCGCAAGACCGGCGGCAGCGACUACGUCCCCAAGCCCACGGCCGAGGCCCAGACCCUUGCCGGCCGCGCCAGCAAGCUGCUCGGCCGCUCCGGCGGCGCAAAGGCCGCCGCGCGGCCCCCCAGCAGGAAGGCCGAGCGCCGGGCCGCCGCGCGGGCCGAGAGGCGGGCCGGGAGGAGGAGCAACGGUAACGACAACAACAACGAUAACACCAACAAAGAUGGCGGCGAAGGGCCGCCCGCGGCCAUCAGAACCCCCGAGGAGGUCAUCUUCGAGGGCCGGCGCGCCAGCGCCAAGGACGGCAAGCCCAAGGAUCUCAAGUUCAAGGGCUCGCGGCCGAAGGGGGCGGGCAGGAAGGCGGCGCAGGCCAAAAAGACGGGCCAGGAGGGGCGCGGGGCCGUCCGCGCCGCCAAGUGGCGGGCCGAGGGUCGCAGCAAGUAAGGGGCAUUUGCCAAGAAUAGGAUGGGGCUUCGUUAAGGGGUAGACGCACUAGAUGGGAGCGGUACCCCCUUGUAUGUACAUACCGCCAGGCAACCAAUCUAGAGUACCCCAAGCCGGAGAAACGCGUUUUACGAGGUGUGUUCGUCCACUGAAAUAGGCGACAGCAUCGCGAAGCAUAGACGUGGUGCUUAAGGUGUUCAAGUACCAGUGACACAAUGGUCUCUCUCAAUCAAGCGGGCCAUUGCAAAUUGACAUCUAUUAUCGAUUGGGGGUAGUCGAAGCUAUUCGGGGGAAAAGGGGUAAUAUCAAGGCAGGGGCAUCAAAAAGCAGG